CCAUCACAUCGAAACCCGAGAGAAAUGAAACGGGAAAAUAAUGGACGACGAAGAAGAAGAGGCGCACUUGAAAGCGGCGUUUGGCGAUUCGUCAGACGAUGAACACCUCGCAGAUCGCGAAACCUCCGUGGUCGUCGGAGAUUCGACGGCGGCGGUAUGGGAGAGAGUGGAGAAGAUCAAUGGUUUAUGGCUCUGUAGAAACUUUCUCUCUCUUCAUCAUCAGUCUGAUUUGCUCUCCGCCAUUCUAAACGAAGGUUGGUUCGUUGAAGAAUCUAUCAACCAGGCGAUGAGGUUUGGUGAUCUACCUUCAUGGGCAACAGAACUAUCUGAGCUCAUACUGGAGUCUGUGGAGUCUGUUGAUCUUCCAGUGUUGCCUGCUGAUUUGCUGUGGAGAGAACCUCUGUUCAACCAGCUCAUUGUCAAUUUAUACCAACCAGGUGAGGGGAUUUGUGCACAUGUUGAUCUGCUGCGUUUUGAAGAUGGAAUUGCCAUUGUCUCUCUGGAGUCACCUUGCGUGAUGCGGUUCAGUCCCGCAGAAAAGGGAGAAGGUGACGGUGUCGAUGUUUUGUUGAUCCCAGGAUCUCUCAUUCUAAUGUCUGGAGAAGCUAGGUAUUAUUGGAAACACGAGAUUAACCGGAAGCAGAUUGGGUUUCAGGUAUGGGAAGGAGAAGAAAUUGAUCAGAAACGAAGAAUCUCUAUCACCUUGAGAAAACUAUGUCCAUCUUAGUUCUGACUAGCUUAGUUUGGUAAUCUUUUUGGCAUAUGUGCUUAACCAAACAUACAUGAGCAAAAGUAAGACCUUUUAGUUCUUAUAUUAAAUAUUUCCCAUUGUUUAGGUAUCAUUGUUAGAAACUGUAAUACCUCUUUUGUCAGAGUAGAAACUGCAAUACCAAUAUUGAUGUUUUAAGAUUUUUUUCACACAUUAAAAAGGUACUAUACAUUAUUUUGUCUA